GGAUUGGAGGGGCUAAUUCACACUAUUUCUUGUACGCUCGGUUACAUUUCUGGCACCGAACCAACCAUCGACGCUCCGGACGUUGCCAUGUGACAUGCCAAGCCCCGACUGUUUCAUGUUUUUCCAAGCAAGGUAUUACAGUUUGCAAUGAUUCCUGUAGCGCCGACAAACCCAGCACGAAAGACCAUGUAUGGCCUCGAGCACUUCAAGAGCAGGCGCGAGUGGGUGCCGGACAGCGCCAGGCAGCACUGCAUCGUAUGCACCAAGAAAUUCUUCCUUGGUGGAGGCAAGCACCACUGCCGCCGAUGCGGAGACGUCGUGUGCAGCUCAUGCGCGCCGUUCGUUGCCGCCCACCUCCCCAUCGUUGGACGCACCAAAGUUCGCGUGUGCCACAGCUGCCGCGUGCGUGACGAAGCCAUGCCUGCCGCCAUGUUCUUGUCCGACCGGUCCUCGUCCGAGGACGAAGAAGCGGAAGAAGAGCUCAUGAAGAAGUGUGAACUGAUGCUGCUCAGCCCCAGUCGAGCCGUCAUGGAGCGGAUCGAGUUGAAGAAGUCCCUCAUAGAAGGCGACAACCGACAGACCUCUGCGUCGUCCACGGCGUCGAUCGCGAGUAGCACACCUUGAUAAUUCUACGACUACGUAGUAGUAAGUAGUACAGUAGUUGGGAGGGGGAUUCUAACGACAAUGGUACAUGUUAACUGGCGUGACUCUUAACGGUAUUCAUCCCAUUAAUAUAAAU